GCAUCGCAUCAGCCCGGUGCGAAAGGGCGCUCAAGUGUAGUCAGCGGCAGCGACCCAGCGGAAAUGUCGGAGAGUGGGAGUCAGGAGCCCGCCGGUGCCGCGGCCCCCCGAAACGGCAGCGACAGCCCGACAAAACGAGCUCCCAUCCCGGCCGUGGGCAACACGGUGAUCGUGGUGCUCGGGGCUCAGUGGGGCGACGAGGGGAAAGGAAAAGUUGUGGAUCUUCUGGCACAAGACGCGGACAUGGUCUGCAGAUGUCAGGGUGGAAACAACGCAGGACACACAGUGGUGGUAGACUCAGUAGAAUACGACUUUCACCUCCUCCCCAGUGGCAUCAUCAACCCCAAGGUCACCGCCUUCAUUGGCAAUGGUGUAGUGAUCCACCUUCCAGGCUUGUUUGAUGAAGCAGAAAAGAAUGAGCGCAAGGGAAAAGGUCUCAAAGACUGGGAAAAAAGGUUGAUCAUCUCAGACAGAGCACAUAUUGUGUUUGACUUCCACCAAGCAGUUGAUGACAUUCAGGAACAGCAGAGACAAGAUCAAGCAGGCAAGAACCUCGGGACGACAAAGAAGGGGAUUGGUCCCGUGUACUCGGCAAAGGCAGCACGUAGUGGCCUCAGGAUAUGUGACCUUCUGGCUGACUUCACAAAGUUCUCUGAAAGGUAUAAAGUAUUAGCCCAGCAGUACAAGUCUAUAUACCCUACACUGGAGAUUGACAAAGAGGGAGAGCUGGUCAAAUUAAAGGACUAUGUGGAGCGGAUCAAGCCCAUGGUUAGAGACGGGGUGCACUACAUGUACGAGGCUCUGCAUGGUCCUCCAAAGAAGAUCCUGGUAGAAGGAGCCAACGCAGCACUGCUGGACAUAGACUUUGGCACGUACCCAUUUGUGACUUCGUCCAACUGCACUGUGGGCGGUGUAUGCACGGGUCUCGGCAUGCCGCCUCAGAAUGUGGGGGAAGUUUACGGGGUAGUGAAAGCGUACACCACCAGAGUGGGCAUCGGAGCGUUCCCAUCAGAGCAAAGCAAUGACAUCGGAGAGCUUCUUCAGACCAGAGGGAAGGAAGUGGGCGUGACCACAGGCAGGAAGAGGCGAUGUGGUUGGCUGGAUCUGGUGCUCAUUAAAUAUGCACACAUGAUUAAUGGCUUUACCGCUUUAGCACUCACCAAACUGGACAUACUUGACGUGUUUGCAGAGAUCAAAGUGGGAGUAGCAUACAAAGUCGACAACCAAACUAUACCUCACUUUCCAGCCAAUCAGGAGAUUUUGCAUCGUGUGGAGGUCCAGUAUGAGACGCUGCCAGGAUGGAAGAGUGACACCUCAGCUGCAAGGACUUUUGAGGAGUUACCUGAGAAUGCUCAGAAAUAUGUCCUUUUCAUUGAGGAGCAUUUGGGAGUUCCGGUUAAAUGGAUUGGAGUGGGCAAGUCUCGGGAGUCCAUGAUUCAGCUGUUCUAGAGGAUUGAAUGGGAAUCAAAGAGGAUACACCACAGAGAAACAACUGUACCCUUCACCCCCUCCCCUCCCCUUCACACACAGCCUACCUACCUGUUUGAUAUUUCAGGAGGAGAACUGACCAUCAUACUUGUUCUUAAUGCUUUACUGUUGUACAAUAGGACUGUACCAUGUUACAGACCAGUCAUCUGUGGAUCAGACUCUGACCCUCCUGUAUGAAUAUUUUUAAGUGUCUCCGUUUGGAUUUUAAACUACUGUAUUUUAAACUUCUAAUAACAGCCAGCUUCAAGGUCAGCUGUUUCUUAAAUCUUUUCCUUGUUUUAAUCAUAAAUGCAACACACUCUGCAACACCAGCUGCCAUCAGGUCUGAGAGAGGACGUGAAGAAAUGAACUCAACACACACACACACACACACACACAGAAUGACACGGGAUCAUUGCCCAUAAGAACUGUCCACAGACGUAUGAUUUGUCAAACUACUAUGAUCAUGUUUAUUUUUGUUCAUCUUUUCUGCUGUUACUGUCCGGUGUUAAAUCAGUUUUAAACCUUUGCACUUACGAUGCUUUGGACUACCGGUCUAUCUUUUUUUAUGUUUUCCUCUGCUAGAUUUACAUCUCAUCCUGACAUGAUAAAGGGAAACUUUAAUAUUUGUAA